AGUAGUGUGAAUGAACACACAAAAUCAUACCUUACAUUAUCGAGUAUCAUAUUUUCCAUUUCGUUUGGUGAUUUGGUUCUUCUCUUAAAUCUAAGGAGGACCCUCCACAGAGAUAGAAGGAGCUCAACGGAUAAUUUAUGGGGACGCCAACAACAGCUAUGUUAUGCUCAGAGACCAUGACAAAGAGUUGCUUAAAGUGCAAUAAUACUUAGAGAUGGUGAAGAUUGUUUUAGAGGAAGAGAGAAAAUUGAAAUGGUGAAGAAUGGAAUUAGGGUAAGGAUUAGAUAAAUAGAUGAAGGCAUUAUUGUCAUUUCACAUAUUGAAAUUUUUUAUUCAAUGUAAUGAGAAGAUAGAUGUAGCAACAACAACAACCCAAUAGAAUCCUACAAAAGCAGGGUCUAGGGAGGGUGUGUUCAUAAAGAACACAAUCUUAAAAAAGAGUAAUGCUUAAAAUGUGAAUCUUCUCACAUUUUUCAUAAACUUUCAUAUGAAUAUUUUUGCAAACCAUUUUUUUGAUGUUACAAAUGUAUGAGGUCUUCAAAAUAAAUAUUAACAUUAGGUCCACGCAAAAAAAUUGCAUUAAAUCAAAUGAAAUCACAUGAGCUUCAAAUUUUCAAUUCAAUGGUAUCUCCCAAUUCGAAUAAAAAAGCUGGAAGGAUGUUCAGACAGAAUAAAUGGGAAACCAUUCGUGAUGGGUUCUUCCACUUUCUUCCUCUACACACGAAAAAUGGAAGAUCCGUUCUCGUGCCUCAUCAGCCAUUGUAAGCCGACUGUAUCCCAGGAGGAAAAGCUACGGAAGUGCCCUUUCGCCCGAGAAUCCGAGGAGCACUCCGACUCGCUUUCAUCAUCUCCGGCGCCGGCUUCGCCGGAACCCACCGCAAUCGCCAUGGUCUCGCUUCCAGACACCGACUCAGUUGGCCAAAGUGACUCUUUGGACAAGGAAGUGUACCAAACUCCUCCCGAGCAUGGCAAUUCCAGCUCCCAACCCUAUCUCUCCGGAUCUGAAGAGCUGAGACCGGCGUCCGCCGCCGCCACUCUCUGUUCCCAGUCGGACUCUUCCUGGGAUAAGCGUGCCUCUGCGGCCGACGAAGACGGUAAGGAACACCACGGAAUUGUUGAUUUGGGGACGGAAUGUGACAAUCUAGGGUUUUCUGAGCCCCCUGAGGUUAACUGCGUAGGAGAGGGUUCUGAUAGUGGUAUUAAGGACCCUAUACAUGUGGGCCGUGGGAUUAAUUUCGAGGAGUCUGAGUUCUUGAAUGGAGACAACAAUGAAUAUCCAUCUAAGAGAAUUAGGGUUUUGGGGGAGGAUUUGGGGGUUGAAAGUCCAACCAUGUAUGUGGGAGAAACAGAGCCAAAUGCCAUCAAAGUCCAAGACGAUGAUAGUGUAAAUGCUGAUAUGAUGGGUUUAGAGAGUGAAGAGAAAAUAAUGGCAGAUACGGUUGAUUCUUACGUGAAUGCUGGGGACAUUUCAGUUUGUGAAAAUGGAAGCAGUAUCUUCGAAGGGAAAAAGAGUGCUGCUGACAUUGAAAAGCACGCGCCUAUCGAUGAAAAGGGGAAAGAUGAUGAUGUUGCGAAGGGAGAAGAGGAAAGAAGAGCUGUGGGGAGGCGCGAACUACCAUUGUCGUUAAAGGGUGGGGAAAAGAGUGUGGGAGGGGAGGAGGAAACCGGGAGGAGACAUUCGAAGAACGGGUCAUCAUCAUUCAAGGACAUUGUGAAGGUUUUGGCAGUGCUGUUGGGGACGGGAGAUGGUGAUGAUGGGGUUGAAGGAGCUGGACUAUUGGAAACUGCCCAGAGUCGGGGUUGGGAUUUCCCCAAGCCCAGGUGGUGGCCACCAGAGGGAUUUGAUGGCUAAGCAGAAUUGCCUAUCAAGAGGCUGCAGAAGAAAAAUCCCAGAGUAUUAGGUACUUUUCUUGGACAGUUCUUUUUCUGUUCACAACUUGACAUAUGUAGAGUUUAGUGCAAGUAGAGGGUGUUGGAUCUUGUUUUAUCUUAUAGCACUAAUUGAAGAUGUUCUUUUGAUAUCUAUGAUUCACUAAAACUCUUUGAUUUUGGGUUUUGGUGUUUCUUUGUGCUUCAUUGUCUAUUAUCCGUUCCAUAGUGUUUGUAACUUUGUACUUGGUACAACACAUAAAUGGCAUUGUUUUAU